AUGGCCUUUCAAAAGCCAGUGGACUCGGGGGCGGGGCUAGGACAUGAACGACAGACUAGGGGGCGGGGUUUUCUGCCUGAAGGGCGAGGCCGAGACCCGAGCAACCAGACAGAGAACGAGGCUGGGACUCGGACUACCGAACCAAGGAUUGGGGGCGGAGCUCGAGCGCGAGCUCCUCUACUGGGGCCGGGACUGGGUCUCCUCUUCACCAUGCCAUUUCUUGAAAAAGAGGAAAACAGUGGACUUAUGUUGAUGAAAAAUGAAACACGCCUGCAAAUCUUAAAGAACAAGGAGCAGAGAAGGAGACUUGUUCAUGAAAUUUGUACUUUUUUAGAUAGCAGCCAGUCUGUCCAAGAAAUUGAUGCUUUAAGGACAGAAAACAGGAAAUUAAAAAAUGCGAACUCAAGGCUGCGAUAUAAGACAAAGGAUUGGGCAUUAAAGAAAGAAGAAUAUGAAAAUGAGAUUGAGAGGCUGUCUAGUGAGAUAUCAAAUUAUUUAAAUGUCACCAAUUUUUGGUAUCAAGACACAGAGCUUCUUAAUGAUGAGUAUAAUAAUAUACCAAGGGAACAGGCAAACAAUGUAAGCACUCAGACAGAGGGCGCCCUUGGACCAGUAAAAAGUAUCUCUGUGAGGAAUGUUACAACACAGACUGGAGAAGAUGAUACAAGACACACAAGUGAAAAACACUUAUCACAGGACGAAUAUGAACAAUAGAAGAGCAGCUAACUACUACUUUUAAAGGCCUGGAUAACAGAUUGUUUUAUGUUGCUUCAAGUUUGUCUUCUCAUUGAAUUACUCAAUUCUAUGAAUGAA